AUGACCGAAAUGAGCGAAAAGGAGAAUGAACCGGAUGACGCGGCCACCCAUACCCCCCCAGGGACCGUCUCUGCCCUCCAGGAAACCAAGCUCCAGCGAUUCAAGCGCUCUCUCUCCCUCAAGACCAUCCUCCGAAGUAAGAGUGUGGAGAACUUCUUCCUUCGCUCAGGCUCUGAGCUCAAGUGCCCCACCGAGGUGCUGCUGACGCCCCCAACCCCCCUUCCCCCUCCCUCCCCACCACCUACAUCCACAGAUGGGGGUUUGCCCACCCCAGCACCAUCUCCAUGCCCAGUCCCACGUCCCCUGGCACCACUCAAACCAGUGAGGUUGCACAGCUUCCAGGAACAUGUCUUCAAGAGAGCCAGCCCUUGUGAGCUGUGCCAUCAGCUCAUUGUGGGAAACUCCAAGCAGGGCUUGCGAUGUAAGACAUGCAAAGUCAGCGUCCACCUCUGGUGCUCUGAGGAGAUCUCCCACCAACAAUGCCCAGGCAAGACGUCCACCUCCUUCCGACGCAACUUUAGCUCCCCACUUCUGGUGCAUGAGCCGCCACCAGCCUGUGCCAUAAGCAGAGAGUCCCCACCCACUGGGGCCAGCGGGAAGGUGGAUCCCGUCUACGAGACCCUGCGCUAUGGCACCUCCCUGGCACUGAUGAACCGCUCCAGCUUCAGCAGCACCUCUGAGUCUCCCACACGGAGCCUGAGUGAGCGAGAUGAGCUGACGGAGGAUGGGGAGGGCAGUAUUCGCAGCUCUGAGGAGGGGCCUGGUGACAGUGCAUCUCCGGUAUUCACAGGCCCAACUGAGAGUGAAGGGCCAGGACCAGAGGAAAAGAGCCCUGGACAGCAGCCCCCUCAGCCUCCCCUGCGGAAGGAUGUGGGGCCCAUGUACUCCUAUGUUGCGCUCUACAAGUUUCUGCCCCAGGAGAACAAUGACCUGGCUCUGCAGCCUGGGGAUCGCAUAAUGCUCGUGGAUGACUCUAACGAGGACUGGUGGAAGGGCAAGAUCGGAGACCGGGUUGGCUUCUUCCCAGCCAAUUUUGUGCAACGGGUGAGACCAGGCGAGAAUAUUUGGCGCUGCUGCCAACCCUUCUCUGGGAACAAGGAACAGGGUUACAUGAGCCUCAAGGAGAACCAGAUCUGCGUGGGUGUGGGCAGAAGCAAGGAUGCUGACGGCUUCAUCCGCGUCAGCAGCGGCAAGAAACGGGGCCUGGUGCCAGCCGACGCCCUGACCGAGAUCUGAGAGGAGCCAAGAGAACCCAAAUGCCACCCCUGCCCAUGCCCAGCCCUUGCCU